AUGGUUCAGAGUUUGUCCAAUAUCCAGCCCGUGGCUCCAGUGACCUCUAUCGAGGAAUUCACACGCACUUCGUUUGACUUCCUUGUUUGUGGUGGUGGUACUGCAGGUUGUACUAUCGCUGCCCGGCUAAGUGAAGACCCUAACAUUACAGUCGGGAUCAUUGAGGCUGGAAAAUAUCGUAUUGGUGAUCCAGUCAUCGAUACCCCCGCUGCAUUUUCUCAGGCCUUUGAAAAUCCCGAAUAUGACUGGUGUUUUUAUACAGCACCGCAGGAAGCCAAUCACGGAAAAGUCCACCAUGUUCCACGCGGAAAGCUCUUGGGGGGCUCCAGCGGCAUUAAUUAUAUGAUGUAUGCGCGCGGUUCCUCACAAGACUAUGAUGACUGGGCAGCACUGGUAGAUGACGAAGGCUGGUCUGCGAAGAAUCUGCAGGACUAUAUGCGCAAACACCAGGUUACACUUGAACCUGUGGACUCUGCGCAUAUGCAACAGUCCCCCACCCUAGCGCGCGAAUACCACGGAGCAACUGGUCCGAUAAAAACCAGCUUUAACGAGUCGCAGUUGCCAAUCGAGUCUGAUAUUAUCAAGGCAUGUGCGGAGGUUACUGGCAUUAGUCAGAAGCCAGCUGAUGCUUGGAGUGGCGAUCAUAUUGGGUUCUUUCAUAGCUUAGGGACUGUGGCCCGGACGGGACCGGAUCGGGGUAAGCGAAGCUACGCCGGAAGGGAUUACUAUGACGCAAACAGGUCCCGCCCGAAUCUGAAGGUUCUGUGCGAAGCACAUGUGAAUAAGUUGAUCCUAAAAGGCAAUAGGGCAGCAGGCGUUAGCCUGACUGUUCAUGGCCAGGACUAUGUGGUUUCCGCCAAUCAGGAAGUCAUCAUUUCGGCAGGAGCCAUUCAGUCGCCUCAGAUCUUGGAAUUGUCCGGUAUUGGGGACCCUGAGGUGUUGAAAGCCGCCGGAGUGCAGUGCAUGGUUGAGAAUCCUGCUGUAGGCAAUAAUCUCCAAGAUCACUCAAUGUCUCUUAUGACUUGGGAGGUAAGGCCUGGAGUGAUCACGCUUGAUACCCUUAGUCAAGUCCCCGAAGCCAUGCAGGCUGCUACAGGGCAAUAUACGGCAACCCGAAGCGGACCGUUGAGCUCGAUCGGAAGCAUGCAGGGCUUUCUGCCAGUCAAGAGUAUCCUGUCGGCAACAGAGCUCGGGGAGGUGAUUCAGAGUAUUCGUGACACGAAAUCUACAACGCCAUUUCAUGCGCAGCAAUUGCAGCAGAUCAUCGCACAAUUGGAGAGCGAUCAUUCGGCAAAUCUACAGAUUGUGCUUGUCCCUGCGACCACUGAUCCCGCCGGUUUUGAACACCAGAGCCAACUGUUUCCACCGCAAUCGGCCGAUCAGCCAGCUCGCGUAACUGCUGGAUUGUGCCUAGUGUACCCAGUCUCCCGCGGGUACGUCCAUAUCCAGAAUAACGACCCCACAACCCCUCCGGUAAUCCAGCCAAAUUACAUCACACACGAGGCAGACGUGAGCCUGGUCGCCGCCUUCCUCCGAUGGGCGGACCGCAUGGGACGAGCCGAAGCUCUCAAUUCCUCCAUUGAUCGCCGCUCAUUCCCAGACCAAUCGCUCAACAUGCAAGAUCUAUCACAAGCUAAACAAGCCGUGCGGGACACUAUUGCUGGCCAGUACCAUAUCUGCGGUUCAGUUGCUAUGGGCGAUGCUCUCGAUUCGCGUCUGCGUGUAAAAGGGGCUGAAAGAUUGCGAGUUGUGGAUGCUUCAGUGUUUCCAAACAAUAUCAGUGGAAAUAUUGUGGCCACCGUGUACGCGGUUGCGGAGAAGGCCGCUGACAUGAUUAAAGAGGAUUAUGGGCUUGGGGAUUUUGCCGCAGGCGGACGCUAA